GUCCUUGAGCCCAGGCUCUGAGGUGAGGCUGAGAAGUGGCGCGGAGGUGAGCCCAGAGCUGUCCCUGAGGUGAGGCUGAGAAUAAGUGCAAGGCAGAGGUGCUGCUGAGGAAGGAGAGCCCCGUGGUGGGGCAGAGACAAAGCUGUGAAUGCCCAUCCCCGAGAAGGUGCUGUGUCCAUCCCCUGUGUGCCAGGAUUUGUCCUUCCCAAAGCUUGGGCGGAUGGAGGAGGAGGCUGCGAGGAAGAGGAAGAUGCCUUGGGCCCCCCAGGCAGGUGAGGAGGAAGUCAGUGUCCCUUUGGGCGGGUGUUGUGCUGGCUCUGUCAGCCGAGCAUGGCCCCGGCUGCAGGACAACCCCGCUGGCGCCGCCGUCCUGCCGGGGCCGGAGUUGGGGGGAUGUCCUUGGCCUUCCCUGUGGGCCGGAGGCAAAUCCCCUCCCUGUCCUUCUUGCUUCCUGCCCCAGGCCCCGAGCUGAGGACGGAGAGCCCGGAGGACAAAUCCCCCCGUGAGACCCUGGUGGGAGAGGCCGUUUUGAAGGGCUCCCCGGCGCAGGAAGGCAGCGGGGAGGAAAAGGGCCGGAGAUCCCCCCGCAGGAGGGGCUCCAAAGCCAUCCCAGGGUGCUCUGAGGAGGAAAGAGCCAGUCUGUGCCGGGAAGGUGGUUGGAGCUUGAGGCGGAGCCCUGACCUGGUGGUCCCUGAGCAGCCUCCCAGCAGGGAGAAACCCUUCAGGUGCUUGGAAUGUGGGAAGACCUUCAGCAGGAGCACCACCCUCCUCACCCACCAGCACAUCCACACUGGGGAACGACCCUACCCAUGUGGGGAAUGUGGGAAGAGCUUCAGGCAAAGCUCCAAGCUUAUCCAACACCAGCGCAUCCACAGUGGGGAAUGGCCCUACACAUGUAGAGAAUGUGGGAAGGGCUUCAGUGACAGGUUCACUCAACGCACCCACCAGCGCAUCCACACUGGGGAACGGCCCUACACGUGUGGGGAAUGUGGGAAGAGCUUCAACUGCAGCUCCAACCUCCUCACCCACCAGCGCAUCCACACUGGAGAACGUCCCUACACGUGUGGGGAAUGUGGGAAGAGUUUCAGGCACAGCUCCACCCUCCACUCCCACAAGCACAUCCACACUGGGGAACUACCCUACACGUGUGGGGAAUGUGGGAAGAGCUUCAGGAACAGCUCACACCUCCGUAUCCACCAGCACAUCCACACUGGGGAGCGGCCCUACGUGUGUGGGGAAUGUGGGAAGAGCUUCAGGCACAGCUCCAAUCUUCACGCCCACCAACGCAUCCACACCGGAGAACAGCCUUACACUUGUGGGAAAUGUGGGAAGAAGUUUCAGACCAGCUCUCAUCUUCUCAGGCAUGAGCAGACACACACGGAUGAGAGGCCCUUCCGCUGCACCGACUGCGGGAAGGGCUUCAAGCAGAAUGCUCACCUCGUCACCCACCAGCGCAUGCACACCAGGGAGAGGCCUGCUAAGGGAAGCCCUGUGAGUGCCCCGACUGCGGGAAGAGCUUCGGCCGUAGGACUGACACACAAAAAAGGUUUCAAAAGGUCUUCAGGAUUUUGAGUAUCUGCACUCCAACAUCAGUUUAUUCUUUUGAAUAUGUGUAACUUUAACAUCAUUUUAGUCUGAAAGCCAAAUUCACCACUACCCUGUUCCUCGAUAAAUGACCAGUUACACUGAAGCAAAGAGCACUGGAACCAGUGCAACAAGCCCCAGUCUGACUUUCACACCUGCCCACGUGUCCUGUUUUCUGCUGCUCUACAGACUUCCCUGUUUAAAAUACAAUGGAAAAAUGAACAGUUUUUGGGGUUGUUUUGGUUUUGGG